UUAACAACACCAAUUACAGAAGGACUUAAUUAUGUUGCUGCUGAAUAGAUUCUUAGUUCGCUAGCUUCUCUUUCUCUCUCUGUUUCGCAUUUUCGGUUUCCGCUUGAUAAUGAAAUCGUAACCUAGAAGAAGAAGAAGAAGAAGAAGAAGAAGAUGAGAGGAUCUUCAUCCUCGUCCUCAUCAUCACCUAUUCCUACAAUAGAGCCGAGACACCGACUCUCUUCUACCGCAGAAGAGAUAAGUGGCAGUAGCAAUAGCAGAAGGAAGUUUCUAAGAGAAAGGGGUUUUAAAGAUGUUGAGAAGGCACUUUCAGGUUCUUUCCAGUAUCGGAAUUUGAAGUGCAAGAUUACAACAUUGAAACUUGUGCUUGUUGUUAUUGCAUUAGCAACUUUGGUCACUUUCUUUCACUCUCCACCUGUUUAUAUUGCAGAUCACCCUUCCUCUUCUGCAUCUAGACCGGGUUAUCUGUGGAUAAGAGAGGAUGCUGCUGAUCCUCGUUAUGUCUCAAUUGCAGAUGUCGACUGGGGUCAGAUUUCUGAUAUUAUUGACAAACUAAAUGAUAGUAAUGGCUAUCAGGGAAUUGGGUUGUUAAACUUUAAUGAUAGUGAGAUUGAUAAUUGGAAGCAGCUGUUACCGGAUAUUGAUCAUGUAGUUCUACACCUUGACCAUCUAGCAAAAGACAUAACUUGGGAAUCCCUAUACCCUGAAUGGAUAGAUGAAGAAGAAGAUUUUGAAGUUCCCACUUGUCCUUCACUGCCCAAACUUAAAGUUCCUGGGAAACCACGGAUUGAUGUUAUUGCUGUCAAGCUCCCAUGCAACAAGUUUAAAAGCUGGUCAAGAGAUGUGGCUGGUUUGCACCUGCAGCUUGCAGCAGCAAGUCUUGCUGCUUCUGGUAAAAGUUAUCAUCCGGUCCGUGUACUUUUGGUGACUGAAUGCUUCCCAGCCCCAAAUUUGUUUACUUGCAAGGACCUUAUUUUGCGAGAAGGGAAUUUAUGGCUGUAUGAACCCAACCUCAAUAGGUUGCGAGAAAAGAUACAGCUCCCAGUAGGAUCUUGUGAACUUGCAGUUCCUCUCAAAUCUAAAGAGAAUUUCUAUUCAGAAAGAGCAAACAGGGAAGCAUAUGCCACAAUCCUGCACUCUGCACAUGUUUAUGUGUGCGGGGCAAUUACUGCUGCUCAGAGUAUCCGCAUGGCAGGUUCAAUACGGGAUCUUGUGAUACUUGUUGAUGAAACCAUUAGCGAGUAUCAUAGAGGAGGCUUAGAGGCUGCAGGUUGGAAAAUCCAUACAAUCCAAAGGAUUAGGAAUCCCAAAGCGGAACGAGAUGCUUACAAUGAAUGGAAUUAUAGCAAAUUUCGUCUCUGGCAGUUGACAGAUUAUGACAAGAUCAUUUUCAUUGAUGCUGACCUGCUAAUACUGAGAAAUAUUGAUUUCUUGUUUGAGAUGCCAGAAAUAACUGCUAUAGGGAAUAAUGCUACCUUGUUCAACUCUGGAGUAAUGGUGAUUGAGCCAUCAAACUGUACCUUCCAGCUGUUAAUGGAUCACAUCAAUGAGAUUGAGUCAUACAAUGGUGGAGAUCAAGGUUACCUGAAUGAAAUUUUCACUUGGUGGCACCGGAUUCCUAAACACAUGAACUUCUUGAAACAUUUUUGGGAAGGUGAUGAGGAAGAGAAGAAGCAAAUGAAAACUCGUCUCUUUGGAGCUGAUCCUCCAAUCCUCUAUGUCAUCCACUAUCUGGGCUACAAACCAUGGUUAUGCUUCCGGGAUUAUGACUGCAACUGGAAUGUAGAUAUUCUGCAGGAAUUUGCCAGUGACGUUGCUCACAAAACAUGGUGGAAGGUGCAUGAUGCUAUGCCAGAAAACUUGCAAAAAUACUGCUUGCUCAGGUCCAAGCAGAAGGCAGCAUUGGAGUGGGAUAGGAGGCAAGCCGAGAAAGCUAACUACACAGAUGGUCAUUGGAAAAUCAAGAUACAAGACAAACGUUUGGAAACCUGCUUUGAAGAUUUCUGUUUCUGGGAGAGCAUGUUAUGGCACUGGGGUGAAACAAAUUGGACAGAUAAUGCAACUGUUACCCCAUCACCUCCUCCUCCUCCUGCUAUUUUCACCAAAUCUCUCUCAACUUUAUGAUUGCUUAUUCUUUUAUACUUACAAUUUUACGUACAGUUGACAAACAUAAUCCAAUAUAUUGAGAGUUGAGCUAUGCUUUUGGAAAUUGUAUCAACAAAUAGAGGGUCAAAUCAAUUGCUGUUAAUUCGAUUGCUUUGUAACACACUUUAAGCAUAUGAUCUAGUUGCUAUCCUGUAAACCUUUUUCUCUACCUA